GCCUCCUCCCCAGUCGGACCGAUUGAGGGAAGUCAGGUUCAAGAGAAGUCGCUCGUUACGGAACCGGUUUCACUCUGGAUCAGCGGAUAUAGAGCGGGUGGUGUCAGCAGGAGGAGGAAGUGCAAAUUAAAAGAAAGCGACGAUGGCGGCACAGGCGGAGGAGUCCAUUUUCCACAGAGCCCACUGCCGGCGCUUCGAGGAGCUGAGGGAAGGGAAAGAAAGUGAUUGGAAAGGACCUUUCUAUUUCAUACAAGGAGCCGACCCACAGCUUGGUCUUAUGAAAGCAUGGAAGAUUGGAGAUUGUGAUAAUGGAGGUGAUGAAUGGCAGGAAGAGAUCAAGCUUACAGAGCAAGCAGUGCAGUCUAUCAACAAGCUAACAUUGAAACCCAGGUUCUUUGUCCUUUGUGGAGAUCUUGUUCAUGCAAUGCCAGGUACACCUUUGCGUGAUGAGCAAACGUUUGAUCUCAAGCAUGUUCUGAAGGGCAUUGAUCCUAGCAUUCCAUUGGUAUUCGUCAGUGGCAACCAUGAUAUAGGAAACGCCCCAACCCCAGACACUAUUUCUGAAUAUUGCAAGAGCUGGGGAGACGAUUACUUCAGUUUCUGGGUUGGGGGAGUGUUGUUCCUUGUGCUGAACUCCCAGUUUUUUCAAGAUGCCUCCAAUUGCCCUGAACUAAAGCAAGCCCAUGACCUCUGGCUGGAUAACCAACUUGCUGCCACUCAACAGUUGAAGAGCAAACAUGUGAUUGUGUUCCAGCACAUCCCUCUAUUUCUCCAGACCCCUGAAGAAGAGAAUAACUAUUUUAACCUGGAAAAGUCAAAACGGCUGGAUCUUCUGCAGAGAUUUGAGAAAGCAGGUGUAAAAGCGGUCUUUUCUGGCCACUACCACCAAAACGCUGGUGGUAUGUUUAACAAUCUGGAUAUGGUGGUGACUUCAGCUAUAGGCUGCCAGUUGGGAGAGGACAAGCACGGAGUGCGAGUAGUGGUGGUGACAGAGGAGAAGAUCCAUCACAAGUACAUCAAUUUGGAAGAACUAAGUGACCUUACUGUUAAGAAUGUGAUUUCAGACCUUUUUGAAGUAAGUGCCCCGAACCCCUGCCUUUAAUGAAAAGUGGUAAGAAGAGGCCAUUUAAUCAGUGCACGUAAGGACCAUCACAAGAUGAGAGGCAUAAAUUUGUAAAUUUGCAUAUCUGUUGAAGUCCAUUAUAGCCAGAAAGAUUUGUCCUGCUGCAUUAAGCUGGGAGCACCAAUAUAUGUGAAUUCUACCAAAUCAACUGUACGUUUUUCUGUAUAUUUAGGUAGAUGUCUGUUAUCUCUCGAAGUUACACACACAAUCUUGAAACUUUUAUAGCACUAUUUUUGUUACCAUCUGUGGCAACAUUCAACCAGCUGUCAUUGCUUUCAUCCAUGAUCUGUACUCAAGCUGUACAUUAUCUGAGCACGUUGAAGUACCUGAAAUAAUAAAAGAUAUGUAAAC